CCUGGACGUGUACAUUUUCCUAAACGGAAAACCGUGAUAUUUAAGUCUUGCUCUUCUCUGUGUUUUGGAGUUUGUGUGGACAGAUGAGAGAGAGGCCACCUACCACGUCGAAUCUUUUACAGGUGCAGCAGGCGAUGAGAUGAUGAAGAAGAGCAUGAUGAUGAUUCCACUGUCGUUAUAUCUCCCCCUGCUGGCUAUGAUUCUACACGCCCCCCAAGCCACGGCAGCCCAAGAGAGUGACCCGUGUUACAACUACACUGUGCUGAACGACACCUGGAGGGCCACCACCAACCUGGACCGAUCAUCACAAAUAUGCGACAGUGCCAGUUUUGAUGUAAAGUAUAAUGUCAGUUAUGGAGGCAGAGAGUGGCAGGGCUGGUACCUGUUUGUCCACCAGGAAGUGAGCGUUCGGAUUCCCAACACAUGUGUGCCUUGGUCUCGAUGUGGCACCAUUGUAGCCCUCUGGCUGAACGGCACUCACCCGCGCCCAGAGGAUGGCAUCGUCACCAGGCAGGUGUGUGGGCACUGGAGUAGUGGCUGCUGCCAUUUCAAACCACCAUCCAUCCAGGUUAAAGCGUGUCCUGGAAACUACACUGUUUACAAACUAGUGGAUCCUUUCCUCUGUCAUUCGGCGUACUGUACAGAUUUGAGUGAUACAGGAGCCCUUCCAACUAGAAGUCCUGAUCCAAGUCAUGUUGUUGGUCUGCUGAUGAAGGUCUCUGCUGUUGAGACUUUGAAUGAAACUGAGAUUGAGGAGCAGAUACUGAAGCCAUUUGGAGAAGCCCUGAGAGCACAAGGAGUAAAUGUUACUGGGAUCCGGUUGAGAGCAGUUCGUCAGGUUGGACCUUAGGGGAACAGAGGAGGAGCGUGAAGCACGAUGCUGGACACUCACCCACUGCAGUGAAGAUAUGGAGACGUAAAAAGGAGAUUAUUCUGUGUGUGAUGGCUAAUCUGUUUACCUAAACAUGAGAUUACAUUAUUAUUCUGUGUGUGAUGGCUAAUCUGUGUUCCUAAACAUGAGAUUACAUUAUUAUUCUGUGUGUGAUGGCUAAUCUGUUUACCUAAACAUGAGAUUACAUUAUUAUUCUGUGUGUGAUGGCUAAUCUGUUUUCCUAAACAUGAAACCGCAUUAUGUGAGUGAUGGCUAAAAGUCUUUGAAAUCUUUUUUUCUAGACAACAUUAUGACUGUAUAUGUGAUGGCUAGAAAUCUGUCUCCCUUAACAUCAGACAGCAUUAUGUGUAAUAUCUAAACAAAAUAUGUUUAUGUUAUGUCCUAAACAUAAGUCUGCAUUAUUUGUGAUGGCGCAGCAUUAUGAUUGUGUGUGAUGGAAGAAAAUCUAUUUUCCUCAACGUGAGACAGCAUUAUGACUGUAGUCUACUUGUGAUGGCAAAAUAAAACAGUUUUCCUGA